GGAGAAUAUCCCAGUGGAAUGAGCGAAAGCACUGCAUGAAGAGCACAGGAGUGGCGCCGUGAUGCUGUUUAAAGGUUUUUCCGAGUGAGAUCCGUCUCUAUCUGUCCUAGUGAGAUGGAGGCGGGCAAGGAGGCCGACAGCUCCUGCUCAGCGUCUUGUGUGGGAGCGGAGAGCGAGCACGGCGAGAGCGACGUGGUCAUCAUUGCCAAGUGGGGCAGCCGCGAAGUGGAGCUCAGCUUCACGCCCACCGACUUUGAGACCUUCACAGUCAGCGAUCUCAAGGGCAAGAUAUCGGAGGAGCUCACCAUCCCCAUGGACAGACAAGUGCAGUGGGCACACACAACGAACGAACGACACACAUGCACUGCACUGAAAGCCGUGUGUCUGCCUGUCUGUCUGGUUGUCUGUCUAUGUGAUAUAUGUGCAGAAGCUGCUGGGUGUGACCAAUUGCAACGGCAAGGCGCCGCAGGACGGCGACCUGCUGUCGUCGCUGAGCUUCAAGAAGACAUCGCCCAAGCUGUCGUUCAUGCUGAUGGGCACGCCCCUGGCGCAGACGUUCAUCGACCCCUCCAAGCGGGACGACCUGCCAGAGGUCGUCAACGAUCUCGCUUGGGAUUACGUGCCCACCGGUGGGUACACCGAGCCGAGCUGACACACACAGACAGAGAGGCAACAGACAAAGGGUGUGCAGAUGGAUGGAUGUGUGUGGUGGUUGUCUGUCUGUGUCACGCAGAGAACAACAUAUCGGAGAUCCGCAAUGACAUCCACUUGAGUCGCCUGCACAAGGCGAUAGAGAAGACCACCAUCACACUCAUCCAGCCCUUCAGGCCAAAACGCAAGCUGCUCGUUCUCGAUCUCGACUACACUGUCUUCGACUGCAAGUAACACACGCACUCACACACACACACUCAGACGGCUGCAUCUGUGUGCUUGGGCGUGUGUGUGCACUGCAGGGGCGACCCCCGUGCAAUCCAGGACGCCAAGCGGCCGUUUCUGGAUCACUUUAUGGAGACGGUUUACGCGCAUUACGACAUCGCCGUGUGGAGCCAGACCGAAUGGAAGUGGGUCGAGAUGAAGUGCACAGAGCUGGGCUUCCUGACCUCACCCAAAUACGCCGUCAACUUUGUCCUCGACAGGCACACACACACACACACACACGCAGAGAGAGAGAGAGAGAGAGAGCACAGGCGUACAUGAAACUCUCUCUCUCUCUGUCUGUGUGUAUGUCGGUCGGUCGUCAUAAUACUAGGUCCUCGAUGUUUUCGGUGUGCAGUCGUCAGAAGGACGGCACGAGCCGGACGCACGAGGUCAAGGCGCUGGAGAUCAUCUGGGCCAAGUUCCCCGACACCUGGGGGCCACACAACACCCUCCACGUCGACGACCUCAGCAGAAACUUCGCCAUGAACCCUAAGAACGGCAUCAAGGUCUCAUCUUACAAGUGAGCGGGCCACGGAGGGAGGGAGGGAGGGAGGGAGGGAGAGAGGGAGAGAGACCAACAGACAGACAGACAGACAGACAGGGAGCGAUGGACAAUCCCUCCCUCCCUCUCUCUGUCCGUGUGUGGGUGCCUGCAGGAUGUCGAAGCGCGGAAGCGACACCGAGUUGUACCAGCUGUCAGCGUAUCUCGCGCACGUGGCCUCCAUGCCCGACGUCUCGUCCAUCGACCACUCCAAAUGGAAACAAGUCGCCAAACAGCUGCAGGACGCCUUCACCUACGGAGCCGCCGCAGCCAACGGGCAAUAGCGGACCCACCAUCUGCAAGAAGGCAGUCAGGCUGGCUGGCGGGGUGGCCUUUUUUUCCUAUUGUUUUGUUUGCUCUGCUUCGCUUUGUUUGUUGUGUGUGUGUGUGGUGGGAGGGAAGGAGGAAACUGCUGGUGGAUCGGUGUGUACAGACAGCGAGGUGGGGUGGCCGGCCAGUGUGUUGCGUGUUGCUGAGUCCCAGCCAGACGCGAGUGUGAGCGCGGGCAGCACAUGGACGCGUGUGGGUGUCCGUGCUCGUACACAUCUGCUAGCGCGUCGGUGUGCGGGGGGGGGGUGUCUGUCGGCGUGUGUCUGUCUGUCUAUCGCAGCGAGUAAUCAGCAGUGCAUUCAAUUAGUGUGUGUGAGUGUGUGCAGUGAGUGCUAAUUGCUGUUGGUUGAGCGUCUGUCAAUAUACCCUCUCUCUAUAUAAUGGUCAAUUCCUUUGCACAUCUCAGAGAAGAGGGAGGACUUUCUGUGAGAGGAGAGGAUGGAUGGAUGGAUGGAUGGGUGUACCAUAACACACACACGUCUGCCUGUGUGUGUGUGUGUGUGUGUGUGAGAUGCUGUGUGUUGUGUGCUGUGUGCAUUUAGGCAUUGCCUGUGUGUGUGUGCCGCUGACUUUUGCAGACCGACAGACAGCGAGACGGGCGGAUGUGGCUCCGCUCGCUGGUUUUGGUUCGUGCGGUGCAGUACAUUACUUGUCUGUCUGUCUGCUGGUGUGUCCUUCCUUCCUUCAGGCGGGCACAUCCCCCUUUCUGACUGACUUAUGUGAUGUGUGUGGUCCUGUGUAUCGCUUUCUCUCACCCUACCCUCUCUGACGUCACACCACACCACACCCGCCAUCCACCACCGAAUUCGGAGCAUAGAUUAUCU